CCAAGUGCCAGAGCUAUCAUCUUCGCGGAGUGUAUCGUCCUCAGAUUUUUAUUCCCCUGCUACCAGUGAUUCUAAACGGAUUUGUCUCAACUCUUCUUCGUCCCUAUCAUCUUCUAUUCAUACAUUACGUACUUCCGGUCAAAUCGCUAAUAAUUCUGUUAACAUGAAGCCCGACACAGACCCUCGCCCUAAUCAAAAUGGCACUCAUACCUCUUCCUCCUCUGCAGAGGAUGUGAACGGGAACGGUGCAACGACCUCUUCAUUAAUGAGCGUGGAUAGUUUGCAAGCCAGUUCAACUACUCCUUUUGGAUUUAAUCGUCAUGAGCUUGUGCGUCUAAUGGUGCAAUCACUGCAAAGUUUAGGUUACAGGAAAUCAGCGCAGGAACUCGAGGCCGAGUCUGGAUUUCAGUUGGAGAGCCCUGCAGUGACACUUUUCCGAGAAUGUGUGCUGAAAGGAGCAUGGGACGAAUUAGAACAAUUGAGCGAACAGCUGGAGCUUGACCCUGCGCAUCAUGUAUCGGUCAAGUUCUUAAUCAGAGAGCAAAAAUUCUUAGAGUUAUUAGAAGCAAGACAGAUUAAGAACGCUUUGAUUGUCUUGCGUUCAGAAUUGACCCCAUUGAAUCAUAAUAUGGAGCGUGUGCACACUUUAACGAGCUACAUGAUGAGUUCGAGUGCAGAGGAUUUAAGGCAAAGAGCUGACUGGGAUGGCGCGAAUGGCACAUCAAGGCAAACACUAUUGUCAUCACUGCAGAAAUAUAUAUCACCGGCCGUUAUGGUCCCUGAGAAUCGACUAGAGACUAUGUUGAAGCAAGCAAUAGAGCUUCAAGUUAAAAACUGUCUCUAUCAUAAUCAUCGAAACACAACAAAUAGUCUCUAUAGCGACCAUGCUUGUGAAAAAACUGGAAUUCCUUCAGUAUCGCGCGGAGUGCUGAGGGGUCAUACCAAUGAGGUUUGGUAUAUUUCAUUCUCACAUGAUGGGAAGUACCUGGCGUCAGCAUCCCAAGAUACCAAGGUCAUCAUUUGGAGCAUGGAGACAUUUGAGGCGAUUCAUACUCUUGAAGGCCAUCAGAAGGAGGUGUCAUGGUGUGUUUGGUCUCCAGACGAUACCCAAUUAUUGACAACAGGAUUUGAUAAAAUGGUCAAGCUUUGGGAUGUACAAACUGCGACGUGCAAAUCAACCUUUAACCGACAUAAUGAUACCGUCAAUUGCCUCGGAUGGCUCCCGGAUGGAGAACGUUUCUUAUCUGGCAGCGGAAGGAAUUUAUUUUUGAUGACUACUACCGGAGAAGUACUUCGAUUAUGGCAAUUCGCAGUUCGUGACAUGGCAAUUUCUGCUGAUGGGAAGACUCUUGUAGUCAUGGGUGGUACUGUCAUUCGCAUUAUCAACCUGGAAGACAUGAGCACUAUCAGUACCCUUGAAGAAACGGAUGGGAUUACAGCUAUUAGUUUGUCUAAGGAUGGUCAGUUCCUCCUUGCCAACAUUACGCCUAAGCAUGCAAAACAUCCACUACACCGAGAAGUGCAUCUUUGGAAUUUAACUGAAGGAAGGAUUGUGCGUAAAUACUCUGGCUAUAUGCAAGGGCUUUAUGUUAUCCGUUCCUGUUUUGGAGGAUGGGACGAGCGAUUUGUGAUUAGCGGCAGCGAAGAUUUAAAAAUUUAUAUCUGGCACCGCGAGAACGGAAACUUGAUCCAGACACUGGAUGGACACACUGGGCCAGUGACAGUUGUCUCAUGGAACCUUGCCAAUCCAACGAUGUUCGCGUCUGCAAGUGAUGAUCACACUAUCCGGAUAUGGGGAACCUCUGAAGAUACCGAAAGUGAUCAUGCAAGGAUUCUGAAUGGAAGUAGUCUUUAGCUUACCGUGGUCAUGUAUAGCUUGUCCUUUUUGAACAUGCCGAACAUGCAACAAGAUAACCGUGUCUUAUUAUCUGUGCAUGUCAUGUGAAAUAUUUUUGUAAAACCAAAGACUAUGAAAUAAAUCAAUUUCAAAUUAUAAGC